AACAGCGACGCAGGAAGUAGGAGGACCGAUACGAUAACAAAUAUAUUCCUUCAAGACUUUGACGAACGUGAAAGAGAGAGAUGGUUCAUUGACUCUUACCGUUGAAUCGAUCUCCGUUUCCUCGCUCUUUCUACCCACUUACCCGCCCAGUGUUCGCAUUAUAUACUUCUGACGCCGUCAACCUCGCCGUCUCGCUCUCUCUCUCACUCUCUCAACUGAAGCAUUUGCAGGCUUAGAGAGGGAGGUAACUGAGUUUGAUCACCGGUGCCCAAUCAUGUCUGAGAUCGUCAAAGCGGGCUGGGACAAGUAUCUGCUGGAGCUGCAAGCCCACCCUCUCAGAACCAAGGCGAUUACUUCUGGAGUUUUGAUCGGGACCAGUGAUAUCAUUGCUCAAAAGAUCUCUGGAGCCAGAAAGCUUCAGUUCAGGAGGGUGCUUCUUCUAAUGCUCUAUGGCCUUCUGUACUCGGGACCAUUCGGGCACUUAUUUCACAAAUUGAUGGACAUGAUCUUCCGAGGAAAGAAGGGCAAUAAAACUGUUGCCAAGAAGGUCUUGUUGGAACAAUUGACUUCUUCUCCUUGGAACAAUAUGCUUUUCAUGGUGUUCUAUGGCUUGGUAGUUGAAGGGAGACCCUGGGGCACAGUCAAGAAUAAAGUUAAGAGGGACUACCCCUCGGUACAGUUGACUGCAUGGAAGUUUUGGCCUCUGGUUGGGUGGAUCAACUACCAGUACAUGCCUGUCCAGUUUCGUGUCCUGUUUCACAGUUUGGUCGCCUCAUGCUGGGCUAUUUUCUUGAAUCUGAGGGCAAGAUCCAAUGUCAUCAAGGCGUCCUAGAAUGGAGGCAGACCUCUUGUCUGUAGUAGUUGCUGCCGUUCCUCCUCCAUAUUUUCUUUUCCCUUUCCCUCUCUUCUUCUACUUAGUUGGAUUUUAGUUGGGUGUUUUGCCAUCAAUAGCGGUUCCUCAUUGUUGAGUACUCUGAUGUCUCCAUACUUAUUAAUAUUAUUAUCCCAAGGCUGUUCGUGUAAUCCAUAAACCAUAAUGAUAGUGGCUAAAUAUUUACACACCAUUUUUGCA